AUGGCUCCCAAACAAAAACAGACCGCUGAGGACCUCUCCUCACCAAUCUACUUCUUCAGCAUGCGCGAGCAGCCUCACGGCAUCUUCUCCCAAUUCGCAAAAGCNACCAUCUCAGACCCCCAAAAAUGCCCAAACGUCACUUUCAACUGCGCAGAACAGUACAUGAUGUACAACAAAGCCCAAACCUUCCACAGCCCUUCCAUCGCCUCUCAAAUCCUCACCGCAACUUCUUCAUCCGCCCAAAAGAAACUAGGCCGUGAGAUCAAAGACUUUAACGAGGCGAUUUGGGAUGCUGUCAAGUUUGGAAUUGUGGAAAGGGGAAAUUAUCUCAAGUUCUCGCAGAAUGAGAAGUGCAAGAAGGUGUUGUUGGGCACGGGGGAGAGAUUGAUUGUUGAGGCUGCUGCUAACGAUAAGAUUUGGGGGAUUGGGUAUAAUGCGGCGGAUGCGAAGAAGGUCUCUCGUGAGGAUUGGGGUCAGAAUUUGCUUGGUAAAGUGUUGAUGAAUGUCAGAGAGAAGAUCAGAGCUGAGGAGGCUGGAGAAGACGAAGACGAGGAAGCCGACGAAUCUGUCGAGGAGGUCACGGACGAAGAGGACGACGAGGAGUCCCAGAAUCUUCCAGCUACUCCUGACUCCUCGACUGCCAACAAAAACGCAAGCACGACUCCAUUACUAAGGACCAGAUCGGCGAGCCUUCAAAGCCUAAGAAGACUUCUUCCAAGAAAGCUCGCAUCGACACGACCGCAGAUGUGA